AUGAAAGCAGUAUUCAGAAAUUUCAUUUCAUUUUUGUCAUUUCUUGUAAAGGUUUUUGGAGAAAAACACUACCAAGGCUAUUUUGAUUUCGUCGGUUUUAUCACCAGUCCUCAACUUUCAUCUGUAAUCAACGAAUUUCAUCAGAAAUCUUUGUUCGAAUGUUCAUCGGAGUGUUUACUGAAUGAAAACUGCUACAUUUUCGAUUUUUGCGAAAAUGGUAGUUCUAUUUCUUGCUACUUUUAUCACUACGACUUUGCUAGCACCUCUGAUGUUGAAAGUGGAGCAUGCAGACGCUAUGAAUUGAAACAAGCAUGUACAAGCGGAUACACCUCUCCCUGCCGAUGCCCUAAAAAUGAGGGUUUUGAACGCUGCAACUAUAAUACUGAUUGCAGUAGAAAUAAGAGUGGCAAGAAUAAGACUUCACACAACUUUUAUAGAAAGUUUCCAAACAAAGAAGUAAAGGAGAUGUGGUGCGAGAUGGAGAUCGAUAACGGUGGUUGGAUAGUAUUCCAGCGUCGUGUGGAUGGAACUACAGAUUUCUACAGAGGCUGGGAAGAAUACGAAAACGGGUUCGGAGUUCUUGCCAACAAUUUCUACAUGGGAAAUUACUACCUUCACGAACUUGUGAAAUCGGGGGACUACGAGCUUCGAAUUGACUUGGAGGAUCAAGCUGGAGAAAGGGCGUAUGCCGGUUACACGAACUUCACAAUCGGUGGACCUUCCAUAUCCUACAUGUUAAACGUAUCAGGCUUCCAUGGAAAUGCAAGUGACAGUCUUGACUAUCAUAGCGGAAUGAUGUUCACUACUUACGACAAAGACAACGAUGGACAAUCGUUUAAUUGUGCUGUUGCUAACAAGGGGGCCUGGUGGCACAAAACCUGUCAUUUUAGUAACCUGAAUGGGCAAUAUGGAAUCGACAAUGCCACAGGCAUAAUUUGGAACCACUGGCGUGGCUAUAAUCAUUCUCUAAAUGGAACUCGGAUGAUGGUGAGAAGAAAAAUAGAAUAGAUUUUAUCUGUUACAACAUUUCUCAGAUAACUUUUGAAAAAUAACUGAUUUUACUAUGUAAAAUUCUGUUCUACGAGCUAUGAAAAAUUUGUGUGCAAUUCAAUGACAAUUUGAAUUUCAAUUGAAAAGUUAUUGUCUCAAUGUGAGUGAUUUGAAUGUUGUGGCUCUUUAAUUAGGGAUGCCUUCAAAUGAAUGGUUUGCAGCUGAAAUUAAUAAUCUAUACUUAAUUAAAACAAUGUUGUAUUAUACUGUAGUAUGCUUUGUAAGUAUAUUCUGCAAGAACGACUUAAUUAUAACCACCCUUCAUUGCU